UGGGGUCCCCGCCCCGAGCUGCGGCUGCUUUGUGUGUGUGUGUGUGUGAUGUUAUUGUAGGGUCUCCCAGGGGUCUGUGUUGUUCCAGAGCCUCCCCCCGCCAUGGUGGACCCGGGGGACAGGGAGCAGCGCAGUCCCCCCAGGAUGGCACAGCACCGGCGGGACCUGGAGGAGGAGCUGCGGGACCUCAGCAACCAGGUGGCGGUGCUGGGGCGGAGCCUGGCAGCAGAGAGAGGGCGUGGCCUGGCGGAGGGUGGAGCCCUGCGUGCGCUGGAGAUCGCGGUGGGCGGGGCCCAGGCCCGGAUGGGUGGGGCCUGCAGGGCCAGGGAUCGGGCCAAUGAGAGACUGCGGCUGCAACAGGAGGCGGGGCAGCUGCUGUGGGCGGAGCUCCAGGCUGCCCGCACUGCCCUUGCAGGGGCGGAGCUUCGUGCACAGGAGGCGGAGUCACAGUGCCGCGAACGGGGCCUGGAGCUUCAGCGUCUGAGAGAGGCUGUGGAGGAGGCCCGGCAGUGCCGGCACCUGGCGGAGCAGGAGCGGGACCGAGUGGCGUCUCAGGUGGGACACAUCCCCCAGCACAGCCUCCCCCCCACUGACCCCGGGGGGCUGCAGGCAGCGCUGGAGGAGCUGCGGGAGCACAACCAGGGGCUGCGAGACCACCUGGGCCAGCGGCUGGGACAGGUGCAGGAGCUGCGCCAGGAGCUGUCCCUCGUGGGGCAGCGGGCGAAGGAGGCCCAGGAUGCCCAGGCCCGCCUGGCGCGGGAGCAGCGGGAGCUGCGGGAGAGACUCCUGCGGCCGCCGGUGCCCCCCGCGCCCCCCGAGGCCACCCUGAGGAGCCGCUGCCUCCACCUGCAGGAGCUGCUGCGCAGGGAGGAGGGGACCCGUCUGUCCCUGUUGCGGGCCGCGCGUGUCACCAGCCGGCGCCUGCGUGCUCUGGUGGCUGAGGUGGAGGAGCAGCGGUUGCGGGGAGAAAGAUAUCGUCUGCAG